CGAGGCGGCGUUUGACGCCAGAGCGAAGCCGACGCGCCCGCGUAUCGGGGUUUCCGAGAUGUUCCGUCGAAUGAAUGAGGCGGACGCGCUGGUUUAGGUGCCGAGGAGGAGGAUGAACUCCGUCGCCGGCCGGGAUCCGGCUGUGCCCGCCGCUUCCGCCGCCAGCUCCGGAGCCUCGUCCGCUAGAGCGCUGCAUGUCGAGCUCACGUCGCAGCAGAGACGGUUGCGUCACCUCAGAAGCAUCGCAGCCAGAAACAUUGUCAACAAGAAUGGUUCCCCGCUGCUGGACACAUACUUCACCCUGCACCUCUGUGUAGAGGACCGCAUAUCCAGAGGCUUUUACAAGAGUGAAGUCAUUCAGGACUCCCUGAAUCCGACGUGGCGGAGUUUGGACUUUGGCAUGCUGCCGGACCUCCUGGACACCUCGGUGUCGUGUUUCGUGGUGAGGAUCUGGGGAGGACAGGCGGGACAGUACCAGCUCCUCAUAGAAUGGAAGGUCAACCUGGACGGACUCCGAUACACCGGGCAGCAGAUUCGCUCCAGGAGUCCGAAUGAGAUCAUAUUUGGAUUGAAUGAUGGCUACUAUGCAGCUGACUUUGAUCACAAGGAUCAGUCGGAGAGAAAGAAGAACAGUCUUCUUCAGGUUGACCAAAGUUCUGUCCGUAACUCCUACAGUGUCUUCUCUCUGCUCAGGCUCCACACGGCCCAGCGAGCCAUCAAGCAGACCCAGGUGACGGUGCAGAAGAUCGGGAAGGAGAUCGAAGAGAAGCUGAGGACGACGGCCACUUGCACAGAACGGAAGAAGGAGCGGGAGUGUAUGCAGCUGCGUAUCGGUGUGCUGCGUAGUGAGUUGGAGCGUCAGAGGAAGGCGCUCGGCCGGGAGACCGACCUGCGGCAGAAGGAGCGGGCACAGCUUCAGAAGAAAGAGGAAGCGUUCUGUACUCAGCACCAGAUUUUGAAGGAGGAGAAGGAGUCCUUAGCCAAGCUGCAGAAAGAAUGCACUGCCAAGAGGGAGCAGUUCCUGAAGUCCAACGCCCAGCUCACCUUCCGCUGUCGCCAGCUCCUGUCGGAGCUCUCCUACAUCUACCCCAUCGACAUGACUAAUCAGUCAGAUUAUGUCAUCUGCGGUGUUAAGCUGCCCAACUCCGAGGACUUCCAAGACUGUGGCGAGGCAGACAGAAUAAGCGUUGUAUCUCCGCUCUUAGCCCGCGGUUAUAUGGAGCGUUUUGACGCAGGCUCGCGCUCCUCCAUUAAGGACACCAUCACCGACAGGCUCACCGAGAAGGAGAGAGAAUUCCCUUUGUACCCCAGAGGAGAGCGGUUUCAUUUCGAGUAUGGGGUCUACUUACUCAACAAGAACAUUGCCCAGCUGAGAUAUCAACAUGGCCUGUCCACCCCAGACCUGCGGCAAACACUACCCAACCUGAAGAACUUUCUGGAACAUGGCCUGUUGGUCAGAUGUGACAGACACCACAGCUCCAGCUCCAUCCCAGUACCAGUCAAGUCCCAGCUCAGCAUAAGUACUGUGUCGGAAAUAGGUUAUCCUCGACACAGUAGCUCCCCAGACAGAGGCCUAAGGAAGAGGGCCAGCUCUGAGGCCGAUAAGCUCAAAUAUAAGGCUACCCCUCCACCAAGCUACAACACCGCCAUGGCUGAGCAGCAGCCCCCCGUUGGCCUGGCGCCACCCUCACCCUCACCCAAACAUCUCUCCUCCUCCCUGGAUGCUGGCAUGGCUUCACUCAGUCUGACCAAGACUCUUAAGGUCAAGGAACAGGAAGAGCGGGAUGGCGAUAGGGAGGUAGAAGUGGAGAUAAAAGAGAGGGCUGAAGGAGAGUUUGAUGGCAAUGGAGAAGGAGAUACGGAGGAGCAACAACCCAACAGCACAGUUGCCUCUGAGUCCUUUAUUCCAGUGUUGGACACUGGUGAGGAAGUGUUGCCCACCGGCCAGCACACGAACGCCAUGAAUGGCUCUUUGGUACCAGGUCAGGGGAUGGCAGGGCCCAGCGGCCUGGUCCCAGAGCUGCGCUGUUCAGUGGAGCAGGCGGAAGAAAUUAUGGGCACAGAGGCUACAGGCCUGGGUCUGGGACUAGGACUAGGUCUGGGAGAUGGGGCCCGGCUGGAAGACUACCCAUGCAUCCCUGUGGACCAGGCGGUGGCCGUGGAGUGUGAUGAGCAAGUGCUGGGCGAGCUAGGCGCUGGCUUUGAGGAGUUCUCAAGGCGCAUCUAUGCACUAAGUGAAAAUACGUCCAGCUUCCGACGACCACGCAAGAACUCGGACAAGUGAGGUGAAGGACCUAGAUGGAGAGGGAGGAGUGCGAACAUUGGACAUGUACAGGGUGGGUUCGGACAGACGCAAGUCAGGGACGUGAACAUAGAGGAGGGGAGUUGAGUUCACAAAAGUAACUCCUUCCUCCUAGCAUCAUAGCAUCAAAAAAUAUGUAGGAACUAUUCUGGAAUAAUGACCAAUUUGCACUUCUGGUUAACAUUUCUAUCAUAAUCCUUUAACUGAAACAUGGUUUAAAGUGGAAGCAUUGGGACUGAGCUUAAGUUGGUCUUUUACUUUUGCAGGGCACUCAUCUAUUUGUUUUGGGUUUUUUUUUUAAAGAUUGAUAUUAAUUAACAGAUGUUUUUUUUCUUCUUUUUAUUACUAUGGGUAUUUUUCUGGACUCCAUGUUGAUAAUUGUCCCCUAUGUCAACUCUGAAUCAUCUCAGUAAUUAUAGGUAUUUGUCCUAAAAGCAGAAAAGCAUUAGUAUUUGGAGGGAUUAAAUUAAACUCAACAAAUUAGAUAUAUAAUUGGCACUUAAUGCAAAAAGAUUCAACAUUUUGUUACUAAUCUGAACCACUGGGUUUUUGUUUUUUUCCUCCAUUAACGUCCUCCACAACCAUGUGUUGCCAGUUUUACAGGAUAUGGACUACAUUCUACACCACCGUGGUCCAUUACAUUGUUAGAUGGGUUGCUACUUGUAUGUCACUAAAUUUCAGGGCUCUGAAAGCCUGACCCUCCUUUCACUGUGCCUCAACUUGCCAUGGAUCACCUCAACAGACUGAGCUUCUCUUUGUUUGACCUAUCACCGUUUGAGUUUUGUAGGAAGUUUGACUCUGAACUUGCUUGAGCAAGCUAUGGGGAGUUUGUUUAUAACCUGAGGAACAGUUGUGGGAGCUAUAAUAUAUAUAUUUUUCUUUUUUGGGGGGCUAUUACUUACCCAGGUUUUGGCCAUUUUCUCAGUCAUAGGAUCAUAUGGGAGCACACGCCCAGAACAGGUUCAGCUUGUCAGUCCCUUCUGCUUAUUAGAGAAUUUGAAAAGAGAAUCGAUUAACUUUUGUCUUCCUUUGGUAAAUGAAUAGUCCAAACUUAAGCCCACUCCCCCAAUAGUUUCACCUUUGUUGGCUGUAGAAGCAAGUGUUUGCGGCUGGGAUACGUUCCAAGGCCUUUAUUCCAGGUGAAGGACAGUGGGUGGGUGGAUGUGUUGUUUGGGUGGCGUGUCAGUGUAUGAUGUAACCUGUCUCCACAUAGCCUACGUAUCCUACCCUGCACAGCCCUGUACAACCAAUGUAAGGUUUGUUUCAAGUUGCACCACUGAUGACCUUCGAACUGCAUCACCUAACGGACAUUGCAGCUAGCUAUCACAAAGCAAGGCAGGAGCUAAAUCCAAUAACCCAGUCAGACAUUCGCCUGCUGUCCCACACUGCAUCUCAAAGCCCCAUGAUUUGACAGGGCAACCCCUCUUUCCUUUUCCACAUGGGGGGGUUGGAUACCUCUUCAUGUUUUCAGUGAAGACCACAUGAGUGGGAGGUUGGAGACUACGGCACAUGACAGGGAUACAGUGCAAUUUCUCUUUCUUUUCACAGUUCUUCGUGACCCCUUUUGUCUUGGAUUUUUUUUUUUUUGGUCUUCUACGUAUACCCCAUCAAUAAUAAUAUCAAUAUUAAUGUCAUGUCCGAUAAUUCUUUCACUAACUAGACCAAAUAAUGGAAGUAUGCAUCUAUACUCUGAUAAAAUGUGUUACUCAGGCUCCAUCACUGGCAAGUAUCUGCUUUUUAAAUCUCAACCCUGUCGUCUGUGACUUGACCUUUGUCCGCAAUGUCUCCUGUUUUGAAAGACUUUGCUUUCUUGCACUGGUAUCCGUUGGUAGUAAUUAGUAUUAUUUAAGUCUCUCAAUGAUUUAUGUGUGUUGUGUUUCCAAGGAAAUUGUAUUUCGGUUUCUUUUUUUCCCAACACCACAGGAAGUCACUCACUGAUAUUGUCCAUUGUUAGAAGUACAUCAUCUGCGUAUGGGUGUUGAAUGAAACACAAAAUUCCUGAUGGACACAAGCUGACGUAGCCAGCUCAUAUUUUUAGCACCUGCAGUAACAAAGACAGACUCACUAACAGCAUCCCACUUUUUAUUUCUGAUCGAGUACUGUGGUAGCUGACUGUUGAAAUGUAUUGUAUUUAAGAUGAAAAUAACCAUAUUACAUCAUUUCCAUAAACUGCUGUAUAGUACAGCAAGUGACCAUGUACAUAAACUUUUGUAUCGGAGGUUGUUUUUUGUUAUUAAAGACUCACAGUCCAGUGGCAUGGAUGGAUGAAGCCCCCUUUA